AUGUUCUCUCUCUGGACCCCCCCCCCCCCCCCCGGGCUGUACAGAGACAGACACUUCACCCCUGGUGUCCCACACACGCCCACAUCCCCCUCGGGCUGUACAGAGACAGACACUUCACCCCUGGUGUCCCACACACGCCCACAUCCCCUCGGGCUGUACAGAGACAGACACUUCACCCCUGGUGUCCCACACACGCCCACAUCCCCCUCGGGCUGUACAGAGACAGACACUUCACCCCUGGUGUCCCACACACGCCCACAUCCCCCUGGGCUGUACAGAGACAGACACUUCACCCCUGGUGUCCCACACACGCCCACAUCCCCUCGGGCUGUACAGAGACAGACACUUCACCCCUGGUGUCCCACGCCCACAUCCCCCUCGGGCUGUACAGAGACAGACACUUCACCCCUGGUGUCCCACACACGCCCACAUCCCCCUCGGGCUGUACAGAGACAGACACUUCACCCCUGGUGUCCCACACACGCCCACAUCCCCCUCGGGCUGUACAGAGACAGACACUUCACCCCUGGUGUCCCACACACGCCCACAUCCCCCUCGGGCUGUACAGAGACAGACACUUCACCCCUGGUGUCCCACACACCCCACAUCCCCCUCGGGCUGUACAGAGACAGACACUUCACCCCUGGUGUCCCACACACGCCCACAUCCCCCCUCGGGCUGUACAGAGACAGACACUUCACCCCUGGUGUCCCACACACGCCCACAUCCCCCUCGGGCUGUACAGAGACAGACACUUCACCCCUGGUGUCCCACACACGCCCACAUCCCCCUCGGGCUGUACAGAGACAGACACUUCACCCCUGGUGUCCCACACACGCCCACAUCCCCCUCGGGCUGUACAGAGACAGACACUUCACCCCUGGUGUCCCACACACGCCCACAUCCCCUCGGGCUGUACAGAGACAGACACUUCACCCCUGGUGUCCCACACACGCCCACAUCCCCCUCGGGCUGUACAGAGACAGACACUUCACCCCUGGUGUCCCACACACGCCCACAUCCCCUCGGGCUGUACAGAGACAGACACUUCACCCCUGGUGUCCCACACACGCCCACAUCCCCCUCGGGCUGUACAGAGACAGACACUUCACCCCUGGUGUCCCACACACGCCCACAUCCCCCUCGGGCUGUACAGAGACAGACACUUCACCCCUGGUGUCCCACACACGCCCACAUCCCCCUCGGGCUGUACAGAGACAGACACUUCACCCCUGGUGUCCCACACACGCCCACAUCCCCCUCGGGCUGUACAGAGACAGACACUUCACCCCUGGUGUCCCACACACGCCCACAUCCCCCUCGGGCUGUACAGAGACAGACACUUCACCCCUGGUGUCCCACACACGCCCACAUCCCCCUCGGGCUGUACAGAGACAGACACCUCACCCCUGGUGUCCCACACUCGCCCACAUCCCCCUCGGGCUGUACAGAGACAGACACCUCACCCCUGGUGUCCCACACUCGCCCACAUCCCGGUACCCACACGGAACACAGUUGGCGGUGUAG